AUGAACGUCGGGACCGCAAAUCUCGGUGUCAAGGUAUACACAGUAAAUGGAGCGGCGGCAGGAACUGGUUCUGCAUCGUCUUUGCCAGACUGGCUGACGCGAAAACGGGCCGUCAAGAGUGGAAAGAGCAAACGAGCUAUUCGCGAAGAAAUCGAAGGCGCGGUCAAUCUUAUCCAAGAUUUCGAGUUUCCAGAAGCCAGUAAUAAGAUUAGAGUCACACGCAACGGUCACCAUGCGAUUGCGACGGGGGUAUACAAGCCGCAAAUGCGAGUGUGGGAUUUGGACCAAUUGACACUCAAGUUUGAACGUCAUUCGGAUGCCGAAAACGUGGAUUUUGCCAUUUUGUCAGACGACUGGACGAAAACGAUUCAUCUCCAGGCCGACAGGUCAAUAGAGCUACAUGCACAGGGGGGGCUGCACUAUCGAACUCGGAUACCGCGAUUCGGAAGAGCCUUGGCGUACCAUUUUGCCUCCUGUGAUGCACUUAUUGGUGGUGCAGGCAACGAAGUAUAUCGACUCAACCUCGAACAAGGGCGAUUCAUGAUCCCCUUUACACUAGGAGGUGACCCUAAUCAAGGAGCGGUCGAAGGUGUCAAUGCCAUUGAUAUCAAUCCAGCCCAUAACCUCUUCGCAUUUGCGACCGAGGGACCUGGUACCGUAGAGUUCUGGGAUCCACGUUCAAAGAGCACCGUCGGGAAUCUACGCCUUCCGAGGUCGCUGAUUAACCCGAGCGUCGCGACCACAUCAACAUUACCCGGCUUGGACGACGCUGGCCAGACAUUUGCAGCCACUGCGCUAGCGUCGAGAAUGGAUGGCCUCUCCUUGGCUGUGGGUAUGUCCACGGGCCAUACUCUUCUGUACGACAUUCGCUCUCCAAACCCAUACGCGACAAAGGACCAAGGAUACGGGUUCCCCAUCAAGCGUGUGCAAUGGAUUGACGGGGCUUCAUCACGUAUGGCAGGGGACAACUAUCUGUACAGUGCAGAUAAAAAGGUGCUGAAAGUCUGGGACCGCGAUUCGCCGCAGACAAACUUUGCUUCGGUGACCACACCGACGGAUAUAAAUGAUGUUUGUCACGUUCCAGGGAGCGGAUUGUUCAUGCUCGCCAAUGAGGGCAUUCACAUGACCAGUUACUAUAUACCACAACUGGGGCCUGCUCCGAAGUGGUGCAGCUUCCUAGACAACCUGACGGAGGAACUAGAGGACCAAACUGUCAGAAACACGUACGAGGACUUUAAGUUUCUCGACAAGAAUGAACUCUUCAAUUUGGGAUUGGACCAUUUGCUGGGUACACCAGCUCUCAAGCCAUAUAUGCACGGAUACUUUGUCUCACUCAAGCUCUAUGACGCUGCCAGAGUCAUUGCAAAUCCCUUUGUCUACGCCGAACAUCGAGAGAAGACCAUUCGUCGUAAAAUGGAGAAGUUGGCGGACAGUCGAAUUCGCACUCGAAAAGACCAACUUCCAAAGAUCAACCGUGCUCUCGCAGAGCGCAUCUUACAAGCACAGGAGAGGGAGAGCAAAAAGCGGAAGCGAGAGGGAGAGACAGAGGACGCCGAACCGGCGAAGGCAAAGAAAGAAAAAAGCACUAACCUCCUUCAAGACAGUCGCUUCAAGGCUGUCUUUGAGGAUCCAGACUUUGAGAUCGAUGAGACGAGCAGAGAGUUUGCACUUCUUCACCCUUCGCAAGCUGAUGCAGCAGCAAAGAGUCGAAAGACUAAGACUGCAGUGGACGAAGAGGAGGAAGAGAGUGAUGGAGGCAUCUCCUCAGAUGACUUGGGCCUAGAUGGCGAGUCUAGCGAAUCAAGUGAAGAAGAGGAACAGAGCAGCGAUGACGGCAUGCAAAUGACUAGUAUUAGGCCUAAUCAGCCUUCAAAAGCAUUCCAUACCGUCAGACGACCCAAGGCCCUUCCUAAAAUGGUCUCUGCCCGAGCAGAGACAUCCAGCGACCAAGUCUCGUCCAAAUACAGAGACCCUUCUGCAAACUUUGGGCAGCGACGACAUAAAGCUAAUGGAAAAUUGGUCGAUGCAAGCUCUGCCUCCUCGGAUCAAAUUACCAAACCCAGUGGAGAUGGAGGCAUGAUGAUCUCAUUUAUUCCUGGUAAAUCUCAGGAUAAGCACAAGGCGAAACCGACUGCAAAGAAGCAGCCAGGGAUUGAGUACUUGGGCGCUGGACUGGAGCGCGGUGCGGAGAGGCCAGAUAUACCAGAAUCAGAGCGCAAAGGGCGAACACAACGAAGAAAAGGGGUACGGAGUGGGAGUAAGAACGCGUUUCGAGGUCUCUGA